CUGCAGAUAAUUGCAACGUACAGUGGUCACGACGAAUACGUUAAUGAAUUAGCACUGCAGUCAGCAAAUGUGUUUCUCAGUGCAUCCGAGGAUGGUACGGUUCGUCUUUGGGAUACACGUUCCAAGGACAACCAUAUUUUCCGCGUGGCUGCAAACGAAAAGCUUCGACAAGACAGCUGUGGCCGAGGAAUUUGCGCUUUGGAUGCUGAGGAAGAUUUCAUGUUCGAUUACACAGGACAGCACGUAACGUCGGUAAAAACACCGCUGUCUUCCAUAUAUUCCAUUCAGACGAAUUUGUCAAUACCGAAUGGAAUGACAGCUGUUGCGGGCGACUCACCGCUGAUCAGUAUCUUCCUAAACCUCGGCUACGUUGCGUUCAAUUUUUCAGCUGCAUCAGAUCAUACUGUGCCGCAGUAA